AUGAGGCUAUGUUUGGUGAAGCAGCCAGAUGAGAUCGGUCCCGAUAGCAAUUCAGGUCCUGGUCCUGUGCCGGUGGAGGGCGACCCUCCUGCGGCUCUUGUGAUCCUUGGUGAUGAACAGGACGGGUCAACUCUAUGCAAGAUUCCCGACAUGCGGCGGAGCACACAUGAAUCAAGUUGGAUUUGCCCUCCGCGAAAUGACGUUGUACAGAGUGGUCUUAAGUGA